CAAAUUUCCCUCUCAUGUCCAGUCGGAAUCUCCCCAAUGUGCAUGCAACCACCUCCCAAGUCAGUUUCUCAAACAAUUAGGUAUACAUCCCGACUGGCAAUUUGUAGAUGUUUAUGGUAUGGAACCAGAACUGCUUAGCAUGGUGCCAAGACCUGUCUGUGCAGUGCUACUUCUCUUUCCAAUAACAGAAAAGUAUGAAUCCUUCAGAACCGAAGAAGAAGAGAGAAUAAAAGCUAAGGGGCAAGAUGUGAAAUCAUCAGUGUAUUUCAUGAAGCAGACCAUUAACAAUGCUUGUGGAACAAUUGGGCUAAUUCAUGCUAUUGCAAACAACAGAGAUAAAAUGAACUUUGAAACUAAUUCUUCACUGAAAAAGUUCCUAGAAGAUUCAUUAUCUAUGACUCCUGAAGAGAGGGCCAAAUAUCUAGAAACUUAUGAAGCUAUUCGUGUCACUCAUGAAUCCAGUGCCCAUGAAGGUCAGACUGAGGCACCAAGUAUAGAUGAAAAAGUAGAUCUUCACUUUAUUGCAUUAGUUAAUGUAGGUGGUCAUCUCUAUGAAUUGGAUGGGCGCAAGCCAUUUCCAAUAAACCAUGGGGAAACUAGCGACGAUUCUUUUUUAGAGGAUGCAAUAGAAGUUUGCAAGAAAUUCAUGGAACGUGACCCAGAAGAAUUAAGAUUUAAUGCAAUUGCACUCUCUGCAGCUUAAAAGCCUUUUCCAGUGGGCUAAUCUAUUGCAAUGUAUUGUAACAAUAAAACUGUUGCCAUAUGUUAAUAGUACAAAUUUUGAUACUUCCCUAACAUGUUGAUUAAUUGUAGCAUACGUGGAAUAAACUUUGCAUUUGUCCUUGCUAUAUCUUGCAGCUUGUUCCUAAAGCAACUUUGGGUAUUUAUAUACACGCAUGCAUUUUGUGCAAAACUUCUAUGAUUGUUUUUUUCCCUUCCACCACCUUAAAAGUUUUGGGAAUUAGUGUCUGUAAUAUUGCAUUGUAAUAAUGAUGAGCUAGUUCAGAGCAGGAUUAUCGUUUGUAUCAUUCACAGGUAACAUAUUGAGUGGAGUAUGUGGUAUGUUAAUGGAUAAAAACUUGAAAUACGAGGCUAUCUCCAUCUUUUAAUUAUAAUGAUACAAGAAUAUUACAAGAACUUUUGCAGGUAGCUCAAAAGACAAAGGCAUU